UAUAUAUAUCUCUCCGCAUAAGCUGUAGGCCGCAACUUUUGCUCAUGAUGGCCAUGAUUAUUUAGGUUCGUGUCCCGCAUUUUCCAGUACUUACUGAGCAAGUUCUAGAUCAAAAUUACUCUCAAGCUUGAAUCUACGAACGUAGUGUUCACAAAAUGGCUCAUCAAAACCAACCAAAAUGGAAAGGAAAGGCUAAUGCAAAGGUAGAGGGUCCCAAGGCAGAACAAGUGUGGCCUCUCUUGGAGGACUUCUUUGGGCUUAAUAAAUGGUUCCCAACUCUGAGCACAUGCCUUCCUGUUGAAGGCAUCUCCGGCCAACCUGGGUGCGUGCGUUACUGUGCUGGCUUCAAAACCCCUGUUAAUAAUGGGGAAGAAAUAGUGAAUUGGACUAAGCAGAAGCUGCUUUCCAUUGACAAAACUGAACUGACUUUUAGCUAUUCCAUUAUUGAUGGAAACGUUGGGUUCAACUCCUACGUAACGACAAUAAAAGUGGUGCCCAACGAAGAUGGGUGUAUUGUUGAGUGGUGGUAUGAGGUUGAACCAGUGGAAGGCUGGACACAGGAGGAUUUGAAAACUUUUAUCAGCUCAGGCUUGCUGGUCAUGGCUAAGAGAAUGGAAGAAGCUCUCCAAUCAUCAGCUCAAACCUCGGCCUCCUCGUGAUCAUGAAUUAAGCCACAUGCAUCAUGAAUUAUUGGUACUCAUAUGUCGACGUACGUACGUAGCUAGUCCGUUAAUUAAUUAAUGUUCUUAAUGUUGGUUUUACUUUAGUAGAUGCUGCUGCUGCAUGCACCAUCGUGAUUGAAAAAUUAAAUAAGAUCAGUAAUUAAUGAUA